AUGGCCGCCUGGAGACCUCUCGAAAUUCUCAACUCUGCUGGCGCACAUCUACCCCCUUUACUCAUUUCAUCCGAGUUCAACAACGAUUCGUACCUAGUUCAACUGACCGAUUUAACGAAUACAUGGGUUGAAAGUUCAGAUCGCGAUGCGAUAAUCGAACGAAGUAGAGAAGGGAAUACAAGUAUCGAUCCAAGUGAGGACGAGGACCAGUUAUCAAUAUUUCUCGAAAAGAUUAGACUUGGUCUUGCAGGAGGAAAUGAUACAAGUCUAUCGUUGCAAGUCGGACCGGACACUGGAGUUGAACUCUUACCAAGUCUACUUCUCCACAUUACGAUUCAACUACCUGGUGGAUUGAAGGACUUAGAAUGGCAUUACGAAUUGACCUCACAAACGCCGAAAGAAACAGUCGAAAAAUUGCUUCUUCCAAGUUUGUUCGCGCUACAGGAAAAGAAAAAAGAGUUCGAGAAGCUAGUGGAGCUGUUGGAGGAGAAAGAUGCGGUUAUUCAAAAAUUGGUGGAUACAUUGGAAAGUCAAGGGACCGAUCUUGGUACAAUAUUCCACCAGGCUGCUGGAAGACCGGGAAAGAAAAUUGACAGGAAGAAGGCGAGUGAGAAGAUCCAAGGUUUGAAGAUCUUCGACGCAGAAGCUUGGAAGCAGAAGUCAGGAUCUGACACACCGGAAGAUAAGUGGGAGUUAUUGAGCAAUGUCUUUAGGAGCAAUGAUAUAAGUCCGGAAUUCUCCAAUGCGAAUAGUAUCAACAAAGAGGUUCAGAAACACAAUUGGUGGGAGCAUAUGUAUGGCAAGAGGGUAGGUACUUUAGGAAGCAAGAUCGUAGCAAAUGCAACGGAUCCACCAAGAAGAAGUAGUCAACAAGAACAUACACAACCCGAGGAUGAUUUUCAAGUACAAUCAACACCACCUCACCUCUCGAGAACUAAGGCGAAGCCUGACGUUUCAAUGGAUGGUUCUACAGAUGAUGAUGACGAUGAUCUCGAUGCUCCAUCCCAGCGUUCGAGAGUCCUAGAUAAUCUAUCUAUUUCGCAAGCUCGCGCACCAAGUCCCGAUCGAACUCUAAGCCCAAGCCCAAGCCCACCAAAAGCGAGACCCCUUGUCGAAUUGGGUACAAAACGCAAAGUUCCAACAGCAAAUCCUCCAAGUCAAAACGCAGAUGAUACCACUGAAGAUGACGAACCUAUACCAGACAGCUUACAUUCUACGAAUGCAAUUGAUAAUAGUGAUAAUGAUAACGAUGAUGAUACCACGGAUGAUGACGUUCAACCCUCUCCACCAUCACAACGACAACAGGCUCCCAAAAUUUCGCCAGCUAAGCAGAAAGGCAAGCUUGGGAAGAUAGGCGGAAAGAAAGCUCCGUCGCCUUCUCUAGAAGCGGAGUCGGAGCCGGAGCCGGACCCAAUUGUCGAACCUGAGGCUAUUAAGGUACGACCUAAAAGAGGCAUGCUCGGCAAAAUCGGCGGAAAGAAAAAGGAGACAGCAUCAAUGCCCGAAAUCGACUCUCAAAAUUCGACGUCACCAAAGAAGAAGCUGGGUACGAUCGGUGGGAAGAAGGUUACUACCGGGGGUGCUAGUCAGAGAGAAGAUACCCCUGACGAAGUGAACAGAGGAAGGGGAAGAGGACUCACGACAGAGGAGGCAGAGAAAUCGAAAGAAAAAACCCCACCACCAAGGGAGAUUUCUGAGGAACGGGCUGAUAGGAAGAGAGCAAUUUUGAAGAAGGAAUUGGAAGCAAAAAGUAAGGCGCCCGCUAAGAAGAAAAGGAAAUUUUGA